AUGCAGCCCAUCUGGAGUGUCAAGAGCAGCAGGGCAAGUCUGCUCCUGCUACUACUUGCCCUGUUCUCCCUCAUAUCCGUCACCGUCGCGUCUACUGCGGAUCGGCCCAAUGAACCUACCAGCGCUGCUGUCUACCUGAUCAGUAACUCCUCGCUAAUCUGCACUGGCUUUCCAGCACCCACCUCCUUUUGCAAAUGUACCUGUUUCUCCAAUAGCACGAUCAUCCCCCUGGACCCUGCCAAGCCGGGCUCGUCCUCGUCCGCCUUAGACAAGGUCUACAACAUCUAUGAACGCGCGUUCGACGAUCCCUCCGCCGACCCCGAACCCCCCGUACCACAGGUGAUCGAGCGCGCACAGAAAUACCGCGCACUGAACUGCAACGAUUGUAAUCGCAAAUUCUGCCUGGACUACGACCUCCCGAUCUGCAAAGACGCCAAAGAAGACGAUGUCUUCACCACUUGUUUCCAGCGCGACUCUCGGAAGGACGAGGCAGUCGUUUUCAUUUUCAUUUUUGCGACGGGCGGACUGCUCGCCUGGGCCGUGCUCAAGCCCUGGAUUGAGCGCUAUCUCGAGGCAGCGCGGGAGCGCCGAUCGUACAUGCCUGUUGCGGAAAACGAUAGUUAA